CUGUAUUUGUUCAGCCAUCUUGAUCAGCGUUACCGGUAGUGCCAGGUGACUUUGUCCCCACACUGCCUUUUCUGAGCUUGUCUACUAAGAAGUUGUAAUUUUUCUCCAAGAUGCCUUACGACUUGGUCAAGGAAACAGGGACCUGGACGACCAGCAAAUCCUCCGACAACUGGUCAGAAUGCCUGGUGAAAUUGGGUGUCCCGCCGGAUAUGGUAGAGAAGGUGAAGCAGGAAAAGUACGACGUGGUGGUUACCGUCUCUGGGGACACCUGCACGUACAAGAUGACUGAGUUUGGCGAGACGUCGGUGAACACCUUUACGUUUGGAGUCGAGGCAGAAGAGAAGGAUUCAAUGGGCAGUCGUAAGGUGAUCCACACCCUGGAAGGGGAUGCCCUGGUGUCCAACUAUCCCAACUAUGACGGGAAGGGCAUGCCACUACGGACCUCCCGCCGUUGGCUGAACGACAACACCAUCCUUGCAGAGUUUAAGGUUGGUGACUUGGAAGGCUGGGUGGAGAACGUCCGUGUGUAGAAACCCGCUGGCAAGAGAUUUGUCAACACCAACCAAGAUUUCUACGAGAUGCCCGUGCUUGAUAGUUUACAGAAUUGCGAAAGUUCCAUAGAGAUCAUACAGGCUAUAGCUUUUUGUGGCACAGUACUUAAAUGGAAGUUUUGCAGCAACAACUACUAUUAUAGUGACUUUUCACAAUUCAUGUUUGGUUGCGUUACAGAAAGCUAUUUUCCAGGUCAAGUGUUACAGGUCAAGUGUCAUUCCUAUAUACAUGAUCUUUCUGUUAUGCCCUUAUCGACAGGGAGGGACUUAAUCAUUUAAAGAAGAAUUUUUUGGAACAGAACUGAAAUAAGUCUGACAAUGGUCACCAGAGUUUCUGAAUUUUUCGUCACUUGUUUUACUAGUUUUUAUCGCUGCUAACUCUAGAUUGUUAUUGUUCUCGCACAUUUUGGUGACCAUAUUCGGGGUACCGGGUAUUCAAAGUUUGCCAUGAGAAAAAUAUAGCGGAAUAAGAAUAGAACAAUUACUCAUUGUCAAAUGUACGCAUGGUAGAGAAAAUUUAGUUUACGUAGCAAAUAUACCCAUUCCCUUGCCUGUAUCAGAUACAAAUAAAAUGUGACGUGAUAUAUUGAG